AAAUAUUUCGUUAGAUUUCUCAAUGGUGCAAGAAGUACAGCGUUGAGGUAGUUUGGCCAGCUUAUUGGCUCUGCCUAACACUCUCUUCCAGUAGUGAGGAACUGCGUCAACUGUUCCAUAUUGGUAUCACAAAGGACAAAAUCCGGUGCGCCGACGGAGUGAAAUGGUGCGGAAUAUCGUCUUUCUUAAUUGAGUAUACGUCAAAAACUCUCCAACCAACCAAACAAACAAACAAACACCCUUAUCAUCAAUUACCACCCUCAAUCCAAUCCUCACUGAGAGAAUCUCAACUCUCUCCGUCUCUUCCUCAACUCCGACCUAAAAGGCGGCUGGAACAUGGCACAUAAAACCCUAGAUUCCAUCACCCAAGCCGACAUCGAAGCUCUCGGGAUAUCUGCCGAAGUCGCGGAGGUUGUUCACCGGAAGGUGGCGGAAAUUGUGCGUGAUUUCGGAGCUGCCACUCCGGAGGCUUGGAAGCGGAUUUCCAAACAAGUCCUUCAUCCUGGGCUCCCCUUCUCCUUUCAUCAGAUGAUGUACUAUGGUUGCUACAGAGAUUUCGGGCCGGAUCCUCCUGCGUGGAUGCCCGACCCGGAGGCUGCAUUGCGAACAAAUGUUGGCCAGCUAUUAGAAAAGAAAGGGAGAGAAUUCUUUGGUUCCAAAUACAAGGAUCCGGUAUCAAGUUUCUCUGAUCUUCAGGAAUUUUCAGUCUCACAGCCUGAGGUUUAUUGGAAAACUGUACUGGAUGAGAUGAAUGUGAGCUUUUCAGUACCCCCUGAAUGUAUCUUGUGUGAGAACCGAUCUGGGAGAAGUGGCAUGCAAAACCCAGGUGGUCAAUGGCUUCCUGGAGCAUAUGUGAAUCCUGCAAAGAAUUGCUUGAACGUGAAUUGUAAGAAAAGUUUGAAUGAUAUAGCAAUAAGGUGGCGCGAUGAGGGAGAUGAUAAUCUGCCAGUGAAAACCAUGACAUUUAAGGAGCUGAGGGAGGAGGUUUGGUUAAUUGCACACGCCCUUAACACCCUGGGUUUGGACAGAGGAUCUUCAAUUGCAAUUGAUAUGCCAAUGCAUGUUUACUCCGUGGUUAUCUACCUAGCGAUUGUUCUAGCAGGCUAUACAGUUGUAUCCAUUGCUGACAGCUUUGCUCCGGGUGAAAUAUCAACAAGGCUUAGAAUAUCAGGAGCAAAAGCCAUAUUUACUCAGGAUCUUAUUAUUCGUGGUGAAAAAAGCCUACCCUUGUACAGUAGGGUAGUUGAAGCACAGGCACCUAUUGCCAUUGUCAUACCAAGCAGAGGCUCUAGCUUCAGUAUGAAAUUGCGUGACAAUGAUAUUUCUUGGCAUGAUUUCCUGGAUAAAGUCAGAAAUUUCAAGGGAGAUGAAUUUACUGCUGUAGAAAAACCAGUGGAAGCAUUUACAAACAUCCUUUUCUCAUCAGGAACUACAGGGCAGCCAAAGGCAAUUCCAUGGACCAAUGCAACUCCUUUCAAGGCUGCUGCAGAUGCAUGGUGCCACAUGGAUAUCUACAGGGGUGAUAUUGUUGCUUGGCCAACAAAUCUUGGAUGGAUGAUGGGCCCUUGGUUAGUGUAUGCUUCAUUGAUAAAUGGGGCUUCCAUUGCGCUUUAUAAUGGAUCUCCCCUUGGUUCUGGCUUUGCAAAGUUUGUACAGGAUGCCAAGGUAACAAUGCUCGGUGUCAUCCCAAGCAUUGUCCGGACAUGGAAAGGUUCAAACUGUGUUGCUGGCUAUGACUGGUCUGCCAUUCGUUGUUUUGCCUCCACUGGUGAAGCAUCUAAUGUGGAUGAGUACCUAUGGCUGAUGGGGAGAGCUUAUUACAAGCCUAUCAUUGAAUAUUGUGGUGGCACUGAAAUUGGUGGUGGUUUUGUUACAGGAUCAUUAUUACAGCCACAGUCAUUGGCGGCUUUUAGUACACCAGCUAUGGGUUGCAGUUUGUUUAUUCUUGCCGAGGAUGGCCAUCCUGUUCCUCCAAAUGUACCAGGGAUGGGGGAGCUGGCACUUGGUCCUCUGAUGUUUGGAGCUUCAAGUACGUUGCUUAAUGGAGAUCACUAUGAUGUUUACUUUAGAGGAAUGCCUUCAUGGAAUGGAAAGAUUCUACGAAGGCAUGGGGACUUUUUUGAACGGACCUCUAGAGGCUACUAUCAUGCACAUGGUCGUGCUGAUGACACAAUGAAUCUCGGUGGUAUCAAGGUUGGUUCUGUUGAGAUUGAGCGUAUCUGUAAUGGAGUUGAUAGCAGUGUCCUUGAGACAGCUGCAAUAGGGGUGCCGCCUCCAAAAGGAGGCCCUGAGCAAUUGGUAAUUGCUGUUGUAUUUAAGGGUUCAGACAAGUCAACACCAGACUUAAAUCAGUUAAGAAUGUCUUUCAAUUCAGCAAUCCAGAAGAAACUCAAUCCUUUGUUCCGGGUUUCUCAUGUUGUUCCCCUUCCAUCCCUCCCAAGGACUGCAACAAAUAAGGUUAUGAGACGACUUUUGCGGAAGCAGCUUGCACAAGUACAGCACAAUGCUAAACUGUAGCAGAUGAUGGUUUCCAUUCCCAAUCUGCUUUCCUUCCAUCAAAAUGAAUAAUAUGCAUUGCAGGCGGCCUUUCUGAUCCUCAGAGAUUAAAAGUUGCCCAUGAUUAGGAUGUUCAUUCAGGGAAUCAAAAUUGCAGGCAAAUGUAUUUUUCUACAUACCACAUUCUGAGAAAAUAAGACUUGCACAGAAACAAAGCUAAUAAAGGCGGCUGCCGGCUUGUAUAAAAGUUACUGUCAACAACACUUUGUUGGCUGGAUUGUAACUAGCUGCAAUAAUGUCAUGUGGACUACCAUCUUCGAAGGUAACAAUCUUGAGUCAUUAAAAUUAUCUAUACUCU